AUGCCGGCUUCUCUAUCGGAUGACCCUCUAUCUAAAGAAGAGGCUGAGGCUACUCCUGCCAAUGCAAAUCGUCUUGACCGUAUCCCUCCAGAUGGUGGUGCGAAAGCAUGGGCAUGUGUUGCCGGAUCCUUUCUCUUGCAAUUCUGUUCCUUUGGCUAUGUGAAUGCGGAACAAAGCUCAUCAGCUUUAGCCUGGAUUACAACCCUCCAGAUAUUUUUGCUCUUUUUGUUUGGCCCGGCGGUUGGGAAGUUGAUUGACGUGUAUGGAUGUCGGAAGACGCUUCCCCCUUUCAGUAUCAUGGCAGUUUUCGCCGUCUGCAUGCUUAGCCUCUGCAAGGAAUACUGGCAAGUCAUGCUGGCCCAAGGCGUUGCUUUUGGAUUUGCUGCUGCUGGAUUAUCUCUCCCCGCGAUGGCCACAGCUACACAGUGGUUCUCAACUAAAAAGGGCCUUGCCGUUGGAAUUGUCUCCGCUGGCAGCAGCCUUGGGGGGAUCAUCUACCCAUGUAUGCUUCCUCGGCUAAUUAAAGAGGUUGGCUUUCCCUCAGCCGUUCGCUGGACUGCCCUUAUGCAAGGAAUACUCCUGAUUGUUGCCAAUGUUCUCUGCUCUUCACCCUUUCCUCCUCUAAGCAAAGAACCUGCAGCCGAUAAGGAUAAAAUUGCCUCUUCUAGCAGCGGACUACAGGGUUUCAAAAGCUGGCCAUGGGCAUUUUUCAUACUGGGAUGUUUUUUCACCAUGUGGGGUCUCUUUGCCCCUCUCAACUACCUCCCUGAGAUGGCAGCAUUACACGGGUUUGGUGACUUCGCUCAAUAUACCCUAGCAAUUGCCAAUGCAGGAUCACUUAUCGGUCGAAUUGUCCCUGGAUGGGCAAGUGACAUAAUCGGACAGUUUAAUGCCAUGUGUCUUGUUACCACUCUUUCCGGUGUUUUGGUUUUAGCCUUUUGGCUUCCUCUAGAGUUUCAUACCUCAUUACCUGGUGUCAUUAUUUUCGCGUUGCUGUUUGGGUUUGUCAGUGGGGGAUUCGUCAGCUUGGGACCUCCCUGUGUUGUUUCGCUUGCAGACGAUCGAGUCGAUGAAAUUGGUGUAAAGCUUGGAGGUUUCUGUCUCGCAAUUGCUCUAGGUGCGUUAACUGGGCUUCCUAUCGAAGGUGCCAUAAAGGAUAGAGAAGGGGACAAGUUCAUCGGCUUGAUGUGCUUUGCGGGUGCAACCAUGUUCCUGGGUGGAUUUUGCACUGGAAUUGCUCGAGUAAUAAAGGGAGGAUCACGGUUGAUCAAAAAGGUUUAA